GCGGAAAAUAAUGCCGUUUUCUUGUUUGACAAUAUCGGUACAAGUCAAGUAUAAAUAAGUCAGAUCUUCGGUACUGAAUUGAACAGAUUCUUCCCCCUACCAGGUGCACGCCGUCUUAUAGCAAUGCGGCUAAUCUCGUGGUUUAUAACGAUGGUAACAUUGUCUGGAUCUUGCCGUAUUCAACGUCAAUAAGAACAAUAUCCGAGUCUGACGGUACUGCCUUUGGAAUCGAGCGCCGUGACCUUAAUCAAUUGAUUUUUUUUCUGAUGCUGAUAGACGCUGAGAAAUGUUCUUUAGUGGCGGCGGUUUUCGUUGUUCUAUACCGGUCUUCCUUCGUGCCCUUUGCCCAAUAUCAUCCGUCUGGCGGUGAGUUUCGCCUUUCACUGCAACUCCAAGUCAAGGGAUUGGAAUUAACCACACAGCAGAGCAAACGAUGCGACUGCUACAUACCUCGAGACUAAUAUUAGAAACGCCCACGGACACGGAUGUGCAACCCUAUGCCAUCUUAUCUCACCGAUGGCUCGCCGACCAUAAAGAAUUAUCUUUCCAAGACUUACAACGCACGCAAGUUCCUCCUGAGGAAAGCCCUCACGGUGAUCAUGCGGGGGCCGCCUUCCCUCCCAGCGUUCAAGGCAAAGAAGGCUUUAAGAAAUUUCAAGGAGCGUGCGAUCGUGCCUCUCUAGAUGGCCUCGAUUAUAUCUGGAUUGACACUUGCUGCAUUGACAAAACCAGCAGUGCCGAGUUAUCAGAAGCGAUUAAUUCCAUGUACGCAUGGUAUCGGGACUCCGCUGUGUGCUAUGUUUACUUGCACGAUGUCGGUACUGAGGAGGACCCCCAAUCUGGUUUCGAAGACACUGAUUGGUUCCAAAGAGGAUGGACCUUACAAGAGCUAAUCGCUCCAGAUAAUGUCUAUUUCUUUAACAAGAACUGGAUUAUGAUCGGGAGCAAGGCGACAUUUGCGCAUAUCCUGAGUGAAAUCACCUACAUCCGCCAAGAUGUUCUACUGGGUAACCCAUACGUUCCUAGUAUCGCGGAGAAGAUGUCAUGGGCCGCAGGACGAAAGACACAGAAAAUAGAAGACAGAGCUUAUUCACUGAUGGGGUUAUUUGGCAUUCACAUGCCUAUCAUUUACGGAGAAGGAGAGAAGGCUUUCAGGCGCCUGCAACUCGAGAUCAUGAAAUCAUCUGAUGAUCAAACCAUUUUCGCCUGGCACGAUUCACUGGAGUACCAUGAUUCUGUCAGAAAUCGUGGAUUGUUGGCAUCUGCACCUGACGUUUUCCCGCGGGCUUCUCCGGCCGUCACCAUGGAAUAUUCCCAUUUUAUCAACAUUCUUCAUCGCACUUCAGGGAGUCACAGCCUCUUUCGUGACCUGCCGCGUAGCUAUUCCAUUUUGAACGACGGCAUUCACAUUACUCUUCCCAUGAGGGAAGUCGGAGAUGGGUGGCUUGCCAUCCUAAGAUGCAAAAGGGAAGGUCAAGAGUUUCCCUGUGGGAUCUACUUGAAAGAAAGACCAGGUUGCGAUGGUUUUCUUCGGACUUUGCCCACAAAGCUUCAAGCACUCAAGCCCGCAGAUCUCAAAGGCCUUGUCCCAUAUAAAAGACGUAUUGUGAUCGACCAUCAUAUACUACCAAUCAUUAAUCGCCGACCAUUCUUCACUUUUCAGUCUAAAGGUCCCGUUUCGGAGCACCGCGGUUACUAUAUAUGCCCUAAGCCGGGAGGCCAUGACGUGGGUCAGAGGGUUGACCACCAAGUUCUUAAUCCCGACACUCGGAUUGAGCUUUCAGAUGACGUGCGGUGUGCCUGCAUUUACUCGCAGGACUCACGUGGCAACGUAAUUGUCCUUCUCAUUGGCAUCGAACAUCACCGUCCUUGGGUACACCUUCUCAUAGAUGUCGAUGAUGACCUACACCAAUAUGUCGACACUACACGACUUCGCCGUCAAACCUUCGAUGACGCCCCUCAGCCUCAGAGGCCUCAUAUAUCUGCUCCUACUUCCACCCAAUCUAGCAACCAAGCCGAUCCACUUGCGCCAUCUUCCCCUACUUCCCCCCGAUCUCCUUCUUCUCCUCUUUCACUGUUUACCUCCUUUACUUCCGCCGGAACCAACCAGUACAGACCCCGACCUGAGAGGCAUUCCACCGCCCCUCCUCUUACUCAGCCGCACAGAGGUGGUACUGGGUGUCCUGUGUGUUCUAUAAUUGAAAACCACCCCAAGAAGAAUAUCAUCAAGAACCGCAGGGUUGAUUGCGGGUAUGGGACGAUGUCAGGCAAUAAGAUUGAGGUUAAUAUCCGAAAGGGACAGGUUCGCCCCGUCUCUGAGGCGAUGCUUGGAGUUGAAUAUGUCAUAACGGUAGCUGUAUCUCCCCUAGCCCUUUUGAUUUAGCGAUGUGGCCGAAAUUUACCUAGAGUACACGUACAGAGUAUACUAAUACCCUCGGGUACCAGUGUAAAUUCCAGUACGUACAGCUGUGUACAGAACGCUUACCAGGCUGGACUUAUAUCAACAACAAGUCGGA